AUGGAGAGCCAUCCAAAUGAAGAAGGCGAGGAGGCGGAGACGGGCGCGGCGAUCCCUAUUUCGGAGCUUGAACGGUGGCUUGCAGCUCCUCGAAUAGAGUUCGACGAGUCUAUUGCAAAGUCUCCAGACUUCCUACUGAAGUGGUGGAAAGAACACAAGGUCGAGUGGCCACUUUUGGCUGCGGCGGCGCGUGAUCUUCUCUCUGUCUCUGGCUCUGAAGUUGACGUGGAACGCCUCUUCAGCGGUUGUAGAGACGAAUUCGGUAUCCGCCGUCACGCCUUGAAGGCAGAUACGGUGCAUAUUAUUUGGAGACCAGACCACAUUCCGGGCAAGCUGGAAGAUGGCGAGAAUCCUCCUCAACCUCUUCCUCCCACCGAGGCUCCCACUGAACCCCUACCCCAAACCUCCUGCAUCCCAAGCCGAUAA